AUGUCUACACCUGUUCCUUCGACUGGUUCCCCUACUCCUCGCCGCCCCAUGGCUACUAAAGCGGUCUCGAAAGAGGAAAACGUCAAGGUUGGCACUGAGAGUUCCUCUACUGCCAUUGUAAGUGAUAUUCUCGAGCGUAUCCUUCCUCAACCUCAGAAGAAGGCGGCCUCGGCUCUUUCGACCUCUUCGUUGGUCAACCAGAGCUAUCCUAAGAAGAUCAAGUUGAGCCACGAGCCAUCCGGUCAUCCCGAUUCGAGCCCAAUGGACAACCUACUGGAGCAUCUGAACCACCAUACGAACGUGCUCAACCAGCAAGGUGAAGCUUUCAAGGCUUCAGAGGACGGUAACUCCGCACCUCCUACCCUUCAGCAUGCAUCAUCGAGCAGCUCGGUGCCUAUCACACCUGCUACCGAGACAUUUGGGAGCACAGCUCCGACUACCCGACCGGCCAGUGCGACUCUAAAGAAGGAUGGGGAAGUCAACAAGGAUGAGGUUCUUCGUUUGAAGCUAGAGCUUGCUCAGGCUCAAAACAAGAUUAGCCGACUUGAUCACGAGCUUACACAGACUCGUCAGAUCCAGCCUGGUUUGGAGUAUGGCAUCGGUGGCUCUCCUGUAGACAACGAAUUCUCUCCCGAAUUCCGCCCUGAUUCCGACCCAUCGCGGGUCUUGGGCCCUUUAGCCCCUAACGCUGUCGGUCAUCAGGCAAUGGGCCGUGAGGGUCAAUACUGGUCUUCCUUCGAUGAUUCCAGAUCGGAUACCAGUGAUGCAUUGUCGGCCACUGGUUUUAAUCGUUCUCGUAGGCUUUGGGGCCCCAAGAACAACCAAGGUCCUUUCCAAGGAGGUGGCUUUCCGGGACCUGACACCCCGCAUAACCAAUGGAAUGGACGUAGCGCUCAGCAGCAGGGUUUCAUGGACCAGAACAUGGCCUAUGAGCCUUCGGUUUCCGGCAACUACCGUGGAGAUCGUUUGACUCCGGAUUAUGACUUGACAAUCAGACCUUCUAGUAGCCGACGAAAUGCCCGAUUUGAUACUCGUCUCGGAACUCCCGCCUUUGGCGCAAACCCGGGACUUAGUGGUGGUUACAACUAUGGUGGUAGUAACUAUGGAGCCGACAACGGUACGCAAGGUCCGCCUCAGGCUCCAUCUAAUUCGGGAAUGUAUUCCAACUACCAGCCAACUCCUGUUGGUACGCCGCUUUCGCCCUUUGCCACCGAAUUUACUUCAGCUACGGGUGUUGUGCCCUGGAAGCCAGAGCCCGCGUCUUCGGAGGGCCAAACUUAUCUGCCGACUACCGAACCUUUGAACUAUCGUCGCUUGCUCGACCGCAAUGUCAACUGCAACUGGAAGUACAUUGUCGACAAAAUCAUCUGUAACAAUGAUCAGCAAGCUUCUAUUUUCUUGCAGCAGAAGCUGAAGGUCGGAACCCCGGAUCAGAAGUACGAAAUCGUUGAAGCGAUUGUUGGUUCGGCCUACGCUUUGAUGGUCAACCGCUUUGGUAACUUCUUGGUGCAACGAUGUUUCGAACAUGGAACUCCAGAACAAGUGAUCAAGAUCGCCCAGGCCAUUAGAGGCAGCACACUCAGCCUCUCGAUGGAUCCAUUUGGUUGUCACGUAGUGCAAAAGGCUUUUGAUGCCGUUCCGGAGGAUUACAAGGCCAUCAUGGUCCAUGAACUUCUUCGACGCAUUCCCGAGACCGUCAUCCAUCGAUAUGCGUGCCACGUUUGGCAGAAGCUAUUUGAGCUGAGAUGGACUGAAUCGCCACCUCAGAUCAUGAAGUAUGUGAACGAUGCGCUGCGCGGCAUGUGGCACGAGGUUGCUCUCGGCGAGACGGGAAGUCUGGUCGUCCAGAAUAUCUUUGAGAAUUGCCUCGAAGAAGACAAGCGUCCUUGCAUUGAAGAAGUUCUGGCCAAUAUCGACAUCGUUGCUCAUGGUCAGUUCGGAAACUGGUGUAUCCAGCACAUCUGCGAACAUGGCGCACCCGCUGAUCGAAGCCGUGCAAUCGAUCACGUUAUCCGUUACGCGGCAGAAUACAGCAUGGAUCAAUAUGCCUCUAAGGUGGUUGAGAAAUGCCUCAAGAUUGGUGGCCCUGAAUUUCUGGCACGUUACCUUGACCGUGUCUGCGAGGGCCGCGUGGACCGUACUCGCAUCCCAUUGAUCGAUAUUUCCAGCGACCAGUAUGGCAACUAUUUGAUCCAAUGGAUUAUCAACAACGCGUCUCCCCAGCAUCGUGAGAUUGUUACAGCUCACAUCAGAAAGCAUAUGGUUUCCCUCCGUGGAUCCAAAUUUGGAUCCCGUGUCGGAAUGCUCUGUACCAAUCCAGCCAUUGUCACACGACCGGGACCUGGCACUGGUACUGGCAUGGGACGAAUGCCCGCAGGUCCUCGUUACAAUGGCCGUGGCUACCAAUAAUUGCGCAGCCUUAUUAGUUUCGAGACCCGGGGCGUAUUCAGCUGAGGAAGAACCCUACAACCAUCGCGGCAUGCUUUCUUAGAAUCAC